AUCCAGCAUCAGCUGCCUCUCGCUCUCUGAGAUACCCCCAGGGCCUAUCGCCCCGAAUCAGGGACCCCCGGACCCUCAUGGACCCUCCGGCAGACGGUGACGCCUCUCUCAAGGAGCAGGUCAGGCGGCUGGCCAAUGAAAAUGUGCAGUUACUGGAUCGUAAUGAGAGGCUGUACGCCAAGCUGAACGAAAUGCAGGAGAAGAUGGGGAGGUUGGCCGGCUCCAAGACUGACCUUUCAUCCAAGCUGGUGCUCAGCGAGGAGGAGAAGCUGAAGAUCUCUAAAGAACUGAUAGAACUUCAGAUUGAAACCAACAAGAUCAGAGAACACUAUGAGGCCGAGACGUUUGAACUCAAGAACACGAUCUUGUCUCUGGAGAACCGGCUGAUGUCCCUGGAGCUGAACAAGGAGAAGUUGAGCGGAGAGCACGAGGCUCUGAAGGAGCGCCUCCGCUCGGUGGAGACCAACCGCAAGGAGCUGGCUGAUGAAUACAUUGUCUUAAAGAGCAACUACUUGGCACUGAGCAAAGAACACGAGAGAGAGGUGGCCAAGAACGAUGAGCUAAGUAUGGAACUGCUCAACAUGGCCAACAACAGAGGACACGAUGACACCUUCACCCAGUCCAGGGCCUUGGUCAACGAGGCCACCGCCGAGCUGGAGAGAGUGAGGUCCAUGGUGAACCGGCUGUCUGCCCGCAAGAUCAAGCCGGAAGAGGUGGUCGCCUCGGAGCACGAGCGCAGGAAGCUGGAGAGAAACCUUCUCGGAAAUCAAGACCACAUCAGAGAAGAGAUCGAAAGUCUGAAAAAGAUCCACGGAUCCCAACAGCAGAAACUGGAGGAUAGAGUGGUUGCGAUGGGCAAAGAGGUUCAGGAAGCCAAAAGGGCCAUUCGUAGCACGCAGCACAAGAUGGCGGAACAAUCGGCGGUCCUUCUGACGUCCCAAAGUCAACUGAAAGAACUCGAGGCGGAAAACUCGCGCCUGCAGCUGAGCCUAAAGGAGCUUAAUGAGGAAUAUCGCUCCCGGCUCAACCGCUACAUACAGGAUCUGGCGGAUUACGUGGACGGGAGUGUGAGAGCAGGGGCGUCCGGUAAACCCCAGGUGGAUCCGGUGCGGAUGAAGCAGUAUGUCGACAGUAUGCUCGGUGACAUCAAAGCCUCUCACCGGUCCAGGGAGGAGCAGCUUGCGAGUGCAGCCCGGCAGUACAAGAAGCGCAUGCAGAACCUGUUGAAGAAGCAUGAGAGUCUGCUUAUUGCAUAUCGAAUGCAGCGAGAACAGAUCCUGGCGCUAGGGAACCAAGACAUGGACCCCGGACCCCCUGAGCAUCACUUCUCCAUCACUGAUCCCGAACUGCUGUCUCAGUCAGCGCAGGAACUGAACCGCCUGCGCGAGGACAAGUCCCGGCUGGAGGCGCAGGUCCAGGAGCUGAAGGAGAAGAAGAGGAUUUCUGAUCAUAUAAUUACAUCUAAUCAGCGCGGCACGGGGCAGAACGGGCAGCUCAGCGAAGAGACCUGGGCCGAGAUCCGGAAGCAGCUGCGGGAAUUCACUCAUAACACACAGGAGGAUCUGGAGAAGGAGAGGAGUCAGCUGCUGACCCGAGCCGUGGUGGCAGAAGAGCAAGUAGAGGAGCUGCAGGAAUACGUGGACAAGCACCUGGGCCGUUACAAGCAAGAAAUAACGCGUUUGAGGAAACUCCUGGGUAACGAGGGCCCAAGAGCUUUCAGCGCGGACAAUUCACAUUCACUCCUACUACGAGCAGGCAGGAGAAACAGCCACGAGAUGUGAGGGCGCCCGGCGCUGUGUGCCACCGGGAGUAACAGCCGCGAGAUGUGAGGGCACCCGGCGCUGUGUGCCACCGGGAGUAACAGCCACGAGAUGUGAGGGCACCCGGCGCUGUG